AUGUCAAAAUACGACGUCAUUCUCCUCGAAGGGCUUGUCGUCAGCUUCCCCAAUCUUUCUGCUUUAAAUCGACUGUGGCAAGGCUAUGAGAACCUCAUUCCAUCGUUCAUCUCUGUCAGUCCGCAAAGUUCUGUGAAUCACAUGGACUACCUCAUUCUCGAUGCUGAGGUCAUACAGCGGUGCAGACAAGCUACACCAGACAAUGUCCUCAGUCAUCCGGCCAGUGACAACAAGGUGCUCGGACGGAAUGAGUUCCUGGUUGCUAAGUUUGGAUUCCUGCUGAGUGAGGAUGAAGCUCGCAAUCAGAUGAAAGCAUACGAGAUUCUCGAUCCUGGCAUUGUGCAUGUCCCUCGAGUAUACCGAUAUUUCAAAGACUAUAACAGGCAUGGCUAUAUCGUCAUGGAUUACAUGAAAGGAGAAAGAAAGGAGGCUAUUACCACUCCAGCUCAAAUACGUGACAUGUUUCGAAUUCUCUAG